GUGUCGAAAAAAAAAGCAGGUGUUGUAUAAAAUGGCUACGUUGUUCCUAUCAAAAUGCAUAUUGCACAGUUGGCAUUGUCUACAAAUCAUUGUUUCUCCUAUCCUAUCUUUGCUUAUCUCUUUCUCAAUAUUCAUUGUUUUGUGUGCAUGAUUAUUUCAAAAACACAUGAUUCUCAUUAAUUCUCAAGGAUCCAUCAAAAUGAUUCAAAGAACUCUCCAUUUUCCAAGUUUAAGAAAAUUCCUUCUCCAGCCAGGUUAUAAUUAUCUCUCUUCUUCCAAGAUAGGGGCUUACAAUGGUUAUACAUCUCAGCCGUCACCUCUUCCGGUUCCGAGCGAUGAAGAUGAAUAUGCUAAUGUUGAUUGGGACAGUCUUGGAUUUGGAUUGAUGCCAACUGAUUUCAUGUAUGUGACAAAAUGUGAUGCGGGCCAGAGUUUUGGAGAUGGGCAGAUCAAUCGGUAUGGAAACAUUGAACUUAGUCCAUCAGCAGGGGUCCUAAAUUAUGGCCAGGGAUUAUUUGAAGGCACAAAAGCAUACAGAAAGGAAAAUGGGAAGCUGCUGCUGUUCCGUCCAGAAGAAAAUGCAAUUCGCAUGAUGAUCGGCGCGGAAAGAAUGUGCAUGAUACCUCCUUCCAUUGAUCAAUUCGUCGAUGCUUUGAAACGAACUGCGCUCGCAAAUAAGCGUUGGGUUCCUCCGCCAGGUAAAGGAUCCUUGUACCUUAGGCCACUGCUCUUAGGAAGUGGUCCGGUUCUUGGUUUGGCUCCUGCUCCUGAGUACACAUUCCUCAUAUAUGCUUCCCCGGUUCGCAACUAUUUCAAGGAAGGUUCGGCUCCGCUCAACUUGUACGUAGAAGAGGAUUUUGACCGUGCUUCACGUCGCGGCACUGGAGGCGUUAAAACCAUUUCCAAUUAUGCACCUGUCUUGAUGGCACAAAAUAUAGCCAAGAGUCGAGGAUUUUCGGAUGUUUUAUACCUUGAUUCGGAGAGCAAGAAAAAUCUGGAGGAAGUUUCUUCUUGUAACAUUUUUAUUGCCAAGGGAAAAAAGAUUUCAACACCUGCUAUCAACGGAACCAUACUUCCAGGAAUCACCAGAAAAAGUGUGAUUGAAAUCGCGACUGAUUUGGGUUAUCAGGUGGAAGAACGCGUUGUUGCGGUCGAUGAAUUGACCGAGGCCGAUGAGGUUUUCUGUUCAGGAACUGCUGUUGGUGUUGCUCCUGUGGGGAGUAUCACAUACAGGAAUAGAAGGGUGGACUAUAAAACAGGUUCUGGGUCCAUUUGUAAAGAACUGUGCAAAACCAUCUUAGGAAUACAGACUGGUAGUAUUGAAGAUAAGAAGGGAUGGAUAGUUGAAUUUGAUUAAGUGUGUAGAUGUGAAAUGUUAUCGAAAUUGUAAGUGGAUGUUGUUAGAAAUAAUUUUGUGGGAUACAAUGUAAGUUUUGAUUUUGCUAUGUUGUAAAUGUGAUUCAUUUCAUGAUGUUUUAAGUCCUGCAGAACUCAUAAAUAAUACUCCAUCUAUCCCAAAAUAA